AUGCAUAACAACGAUGUAGCUGCUAUCACGCAGCAAGUAUCAGACCUUGACAUUGAUCAAGGUCCCAGUGACCCAGCGGCAAUGAUGGCAGCGCUCAAUCCGGAACUACGACCCGCUCCCAAGUUGUACAGCAAGGGGGUUAAGAUUACGGAUAUUACUCAAAUCUUCACAAAUGCUGCUCACCAGCUCGAAGUAGGAGACCUUAUUAAGGAUCCAUUUUUUACAUUAUUUGAGGCUGUUGCUGCUCUAGAGAUCAUGGAUCCAAAAAUGGAUAGUGGUUACCUAGCUCCUGGAGAAACUAUGGAGGAUGAUUACGAUUUCGCCCAGGCGCUACUGCCAGAGGAAGUUUUGGGUAUCAUUGAUCAGCUUCUUUGUCAUGAGAUGGCUUGGCACAUGGGUCACCCGCUUGCUCAAACAAUCUUUACCAGUCUAUACAUUGAUCGAAUCCUACAUCCCUCACCUUUAAGUCUCAGUGAGACCCGUUUUGAUAGAGACGAGAGCUGUGCCGAAGACGAACCUUUAAUGUUGCAAGUUCUGAGGGCCUACUGUCUAGGUCUGAUCAAAACUUGUUGGUAUGUCAAUAAUCGAGUGAGGUCAGAGCACUUUUACGAGGAGGAAGAUUUUGCGACCCAUACAUUCCAUAGAAAUCUGCUCGAGGGUAUAGAGUAUGAUGAAAUUCUUCGUUUCAUGAAAGAGACUGUAGAUUUAGUUCUGCAGGCUCAUGGAAUAUCCGAGGAUGUGAAGAAAGCUUUGUCGACUCGACUUAAUUUUCGGCAAGCUUUUCUGAAAACCGUUGAUGUAGUAGAGUCAAGAUCCCUAGAUGCAAAGCAGUCCUGGCGUGAGACGCUUUCGUUUAUUUCUGAUCUAAAAUCAUCCAGCAAACUUACAAAGCCCGUUCCCCAAUCAUUCAGUGUGAAAUUACAGAGGAAGCUCGCGAGUACGGUUCCGCCACGUCCAAUUGUUGUGGUGGGUCAAGAGAGUGCCUACGAACACUUGGAGAGGAUGUGUAAGGAUGGUGAAAUCGCGGUUGAUAUACUUGAUUAUACAGAUAGUCACAGUCUCAUGACUUUUGUUUCAUUAUUUCAAGCACGAAAACCUCAACCAGCCGUGUACAUUCGAACUUUACUUCAGUAUUACAUGUUUGCAGAUAUGAUAAUACUGGGUAAAAUGUCCAUCCGUGAAAUUCUCGAUGAUGAUCUAGCUAGUCUUACCUUACCCGCAAACCAGCUUCUAGAUCGUAUCAACGAUGAAGUUGAAGUUACUCAUGAUCCAAGAUUUCACAUGGCUCAAAGGAUGGAGUUAUUUAGAUCACGCGCGGCCAACACAUACAUAGAUAUCCUUCGGACCAUGUGUCAAAGCCGAUGUCGUAUACGCCGAACACUCUGUCACACAAUCGUUGACUGGGAUAAUCUACAACUUGAUGGCGAGGAGAUUGAUCAGGAACUGAGAGAAUUCACAAAAGAAAAGCCAUUCAUAGAUAAAACCUUAUCACAUGAUCCAAUUUACGCUUUUCCCCUAUCAUCAUGGGCGUACUAUUACAAGCUUCGCCAAAUGGAAUGGAUAGUACAAUUGGGCUUUGAACUCCAGGUUUACCAGCCAGAUGAGUUAUCAGGGAUGUAUUUUUACCUCAAUCAUCUUUGUAAAACGAGGAGUCGUCAUCUUGAACGUAUCCGAAGCGAGGUCAUGCGAUCCUACUCUGUACGUCGCAAUGAGUCGCAGCUUGAUCCUACUCAAAGAGAGGAAUUUACCAAUGCAAUUUCAUUCAUAAACUUCUCCAUGUUGGAAGUAACCUCGACGUAUGGUUUCGCAGACGCACUAUCUUCGUUGUUUGAAGCACUUCGCCGUCUGGAUCUUAUACCCAUACCUCCAAGACCAUACGGCAACGAUGUAAUGCGUUACGAAGUCCGCAUGAAACCAUUUUCUACAAUUGGCCUUCCUGCCCCCUUGUCGUUUGAAUCUUUCACAUACAACGUCACGCAGCCCAAUGAGACCACUCUCGAUUUACUUUUGAUUGCUGGAGAAGCCACUGCUGCUGCUAAGAAAGGAUUCGAGAUCCUGAGUAAACUCAAUCCUAAAGAUGCCUAUUGUCGUGGAUCUCAUGAGAGUUGGCUGAAAGAUAUCAAAGACUGUUUGAAAGCGUGUAUCUUUACUGGAAUCUCGAUUGCAGCGGUCAAAAAGGCCAUCGAAGGUGCAGGCAAGGACAAUAAAGUGAAGAUCCAGGUGGAGAUACCCACAACAGGUAAAGGAUAUCAUGAUUGGUGGAUUGUGCCUAAAAUUCUACCCGAUCCGAAAAGGUAA